AUGAAAUAUAUCUACCUAGGAUGGACAACUACUGGUCGCAUGAAUUAUGCACGAGAAUGGCAUACAGCAUCCGUAUUAACAAAUGGAAAAGUAUUAGUUACUGGUGGAUUUGGUGAGGGUGGUGCUGGUCGUCUAAAUAGUGCUGAGUUAUAUGAUCCGUCAACAGAAACUUGGAUAACUACUGAUAGUCUGAAAUAUCCACGAAGUGGGCACACAGCAUCGGUAUUAACAAGUGGAAAAGUAUUAGUUAUUGGUGGACUGGGUGAGAAUGGUAGUCUCAAUAGUGCUGAGUUGUAUGAUCCAUUAGUUGGACUUUGGAUAACUACCGGUCCUAUGAAGUAUGGACGACAGUGGCACACAGGAUCCUUAUUAAGCAAUGGAAAAGUAUUAGUUAUCGGUGGAAUGAAUGAAAGCGGUGGUGGUCUAAAGAGCACUGAGUUGUAUGAUCCAUCAACAGGAACUUGGACAACUACUGAUAAUCUGAAAUAUUCACGAAAUGGGCACACAGCAUCUUUAUUAACAAAUGGGAAAGUGUUAAUUGCGGGUGGACUGAGUGAUCAUGGUGGUCUCAAUAGUGCUGAGUUGUAUGACCCAUCCACAGAAAUUUGGACAAUUACUGGUAAGAUGAAUUAUGCACGGAAUCUGCACACUGCAUCCGUAUUAGCAAAUGGAAAAGUCCUAGUUACUGGUGGAUUCGGAAAGAGUGGUCGUCUAAAUAGUAGUGAGUUGUAUGAUCCAUCAACUGGAACUUGGACAAUUACUGGUAACAUGAAUUAUCCGCGAGACUAUCACACAGCGUCCGUAUUAGCAAAUGGAAAAGUGUUAGUUACUGGCGGAGAGAAUCUAUUUGGUCUUUUAAAUACUGCUGAAUUGUAUGAUCCAUCAACAGAAAUUUGGACAACUACUGGUAAUAUGAAUUCUGCGCGAAAUCUGCACACUGCAUCCGUAUUAACAAAUGGAAAAGUGUUAAUUGCUGGUGGAGAUAAUUAUAUAGUAUUGAACAGUGCAGAACUAUAUCAAUCAUUUUAA